AUGGAUAUCUGUCGACAGAUCACCAAACAUGUCGCCGCUCGUGUGAGCACCCUCUCACUGGUGCUAGCCCCCACCACUAACCCACGUCUCAUAUCCACAUAUCCGCCUCUAGACAGAUCAACAGAGGACUCCGAGCCGCGCCUUAUGAGCCCAACAGCCUCUGCUAUGUGGCAUCGCCGUAGAUACGCAAACGAUCCUGCUUGGCGCGAAGAGAAAAUUGAACGCAUUAUUUUAAGGGAGAAACUCAGAAUCAAAGAAGAUCCUAUUUUCAGAGCAAAAAAGCAAGCUCAGAGCGCCGCUUUUUAUGCCGAAAAACUAGAGAAGGCACCUUACUUUAAGGUCUUGAGAGACAUCCGCAACUGGAUCGAUUCCUUUCCUGCUAUACGCGAGCAGCUACAUUGGCAGUAUCACGACCUGGCCUGGAGUCCUCAGAAAGUGUCCCAUCGCUGCGCCUCUUGCAACCACAAGAGAACUAGAGGCCAAAAGUUAUGGCUUCGGCGACGCACUUGCGACUCUGAUACCGAACAAUUUGACUGCUGGGCCUGCUUCACUAGCGAUCCUCAAAGAGCCCUACCUGAAGGUUUCAAGGACAUCACAACGAUUGAACAGCUACGCGCACGUAAGAAACAGCUUUUUGGUGUGACUGUACACACACGUAGUUCAUCCUCCAGAAUUGCUUCAUUGUCAGACAGUCCGUGA